UUCUUCGUGGAUAAAAAUAAAAAACACAUUAAAAGCUUGCGAAUCUUCUAAGAAGCUAGCGCUACUCGUACUUGUUUAAAACGAUCCUUUGCAGAUCUUUUUUUGCAAUGCAACGCUCGUGUUGUUUUUUAAGAAUACAAAAAAAAAACUUGAAUAGGAUAGCUCGCGUCACAUUUAUUCCACGCACAGCUGGAGACAGUUCUUCGCUCAUGGCUAACUUGCUAGCGUACGCGGAGCUUGAAACGUUAGCAGGCUGGCCGAGAUAUGAGCGUUUCCCGCUGAAUGUAAUUAAUGCAGAACUGAGUGGUCUCGUGCUGGCCUUUGCUGUUUACCCUCCUCCCCCCUAUACCUCCCCUCAUUUUGCCGCCCCACCCUGCUCGGUCAGGUGAGCAGCCAUGACAAAGUCGUACGAGUUCAACUGGCAGAAGCACGUGCCCGAGUUCAUGCAGGAGGGCGCCCCAUUCGACAGGUUUGAUGAGGACCCGUACAUCUUUGAACCCAAUUGUCAGGUUAAAGUGGACGAGUAUGGCUUCUUCAUCACCUGGAAAAGCGAAGGAAAGGAGGGCCAGGUGCUGGAGUGCUCCCUCAUCAACAGUAUCCGUGUCGGCGCCGUCCCCAGGGACCCAAAGAUCCUGUCGUCGUUUGAGGCCACGGGCAAGACGGAGGCGGACUUGGAGGGCUGCGUCAUCUGCAUUUGCAGCGGCGCCGACUUGGUUAACCUCAGCUUCAUGUUCAUGGUGGCGGAGAACCCAGACACGGCCAGGAAAUGGACGGAGGGGUUGAGGUCGGUGAUUCACAACUUCAAGGCCAACAACGUGUGUCCGAUGACUUGCCUAAAGAAGCACUGGAUGAAAAUGUGCGUCCUGACCAAUGUUAACGGCAAGAUUCCCGUGAGAGGGAUUACCCGGACGUUUGCGUCAGGCAAGACGGAGAAGGGCAUCUUCCAGGCUCUUAAAGAUUUGGGCCUUCCCAGCGGCAAGAAUGACGAGAUCGAACCCUCGGUGUUCACCUUUGACAUUUUCUACGCGCUCACGCAGAAGAUCUGCCCUCGCACGGACCUCGAGGACCUCUUCAAGAAGAUCAAUGGAAGCAAAAGUGAUUAUUUAACAGUAGACCAGUUAGUCAGCUUUCUCAAUGAAAAUCAGCGGGACCCCCGGCUCAACGAGAUCCUCUUCCCGUUCUAUGAUCCCAAGAGAGCCACACAGAUCAUUGAGAAAUAUGAACGGGAUGAAGAGCUAAAGAAGAAAGGCCGCAUGUCCAGCGACGGUUUCUGCCGCUACCUGAUGUCAGACGAGAACGCGCCGGUGUUCCUGGACCGCCUGGAGCUCUACCAGGACAUGGACCAACCACUGGCCCACUACUUUAUCAGCUCGUCCCACAACUCCUACCUGACAGGCCGACAGUUUGGCGGCAAGUCGUCAGUGGAGAUGUAUCGUCAGGCCCUGCUCUCAGGCUGCAGAUGUGUUGAGCUGGAUUGCUGGGACGGCAAAGGAGAGGACCAGGAGCCCAUCAUCACUCACGGCAAGGCCAUGUGCACCGACAUCCUGUUCAAGGAUGUCAUCCAGGCCAUCAAAGACACAGCUUUUGUCACCUCGGAGUUUCCUGUUAUUUUAUCCUUUGAGAACCACUGCAGUAAACCGCAACAGUACAAAAUGGCCAAGUAUUGCGAGGAAAUCUUUGGUGACUUUCUCCAGAGGCUGCCACUGGACAACUUUCCGAUCGAAUCUGGCCGUCCUUUACCCUCGCCCAAUGACCUCAAACGAAAAAUCCUCAUCAAAAACAAACGCUUGAAACCGGAAGUGGAGCAGAAGCAACUGGAGGCCUUCAAGAAGCACAUGGAGGCGGGCGAGACCAACACCACAGCCAUCAUCAUGGGAGAGGAGAACGAGGACGACGCGGAAAACGGAGAAAAGGAGCCUGAAGAGAAGGACGUGACCUCAGAGGCACCGAGCAGCCUUUCGGAGGCGGCCAGUGACAAAGAGGCCAACAGUGACUCUCAACCAAACGCCGCGAGCGCCAAAAAAGCCGAGGAGCGCGGCAACAGUCUCAAAAAGGUGCCUGAAGACGAGGCGACCGAGGUCUCCGAAGCUACGGAAGUAGCCGACACGACAGAUAUCUCUGAAGCAUCUGACCCGGAUAACAACAAAAAGGGCGGCGAAGGCUCCGAGGACUUGGAGGAGGCUCUGAUCGCACAGUACACAUACGUGGGCGCCACCACAAACAUCCACCCGUACCUCUCCGCCAUGGUCAACUACGCGCAGCCCGUCAAGUUCCAGAGUUUUGAUGUGGCUGAGGAGAAAAACAUCCACCACAACAUGUCGUCUUUCAACGAGUCGGUGGGCCUCGGCUACUUGAAGACCAACGCCAUCGAAUUUGUCAACUACAACAAGCGUCAGAUGAGCCGUAUCUACCCCAAAGGGGGCCGAGUGGACUCCAGUAAUUACAUGCCUCAGAUCUUCUGGAACGCCGGCUGCCAGAUGGUCUCGCUCAACUUUCAGACCCCAGAUCUGGCCAUGCAGCUGAACCAGGGAAAGUUUGAGUACAACGGCUCCUGCGGGUACCUGCUGAAGCCCGACUUCAUGCGGCGGUCAGACCGGAUGUUUGAUCCCUUCUCAGAGACGCCGGUAGAUGGCGUCAUCGCCGCCACAUGCAGUGUACAGGUGUUCUCAGGCCAGUUCCUGUCAGAUAAGAAGAUCGGCACCUACGUGGAGGUGGACAUGUACGGCCUGCCGACCGACACCAUACGCAAAGAGUUUCGCACCCGCAUGGUGAUGAACAAUGGGCUCAAUCCCGCAUACAACGAGGAACCGUUCGUUUUUCGGAAGGUGAUCUUGCCGGAUCUGGCGGUGCUGCGCCUGGCCGUGUACGACGACAACAACAAGUUGAUCGGCCAGCGCAUCCUGCCGCUGGACGGCCUGCAGGCCGGCUACCGUCACAUCUCGCUGCGGAACGAAGGCAACAAGCCCCUCUCGUUGCCCACCAUCUUCUGCCAGAUCAUCCUCAAAACCUACGUGCCCGACGGCUUCGGGGCUAUCGUCGACGCUCUGUCCGACCCCAAGAAGUUCCUGACCAUCGCGGAGAAAAGAGCCGACCAGAUGAAAGCCCUCGGCAUUGACACGAACGACAUCGCCGACGUCCCGAACGGAAGUUCCAAGAAUGACAAAAAGGGAAAAGGCAAAGGGGAUAAUAUGGUCAAGGCCAACGUGACGCCGCAGAGCAGCUCCGAGCUCGCUCAGACCUCCAACAUUGCCCAGAACAACACGGCCGAGAUCAAGAAGGGUAACGCGCUUGUACCUAAUGUCAGCAUUGACGACUUGAAGCAAAUGAAGACGUAUAUUAAACUCAUAAAAAAGCAACAGAAGGAGCUCAGCGCCUUAAAAAAGAAGCACUUGAAGGAUCAAAACGCGACGCAGAAAUCCCACGGCACGCAGGUGGACAAGAUGGCGUCAACGCACGACAAGGAGAAGAGCACGCUGGAGAAAUUGCUGGAGAAAGCCAUCAAAAAACGAGGGGAAAACAAUUGCCAUGAACUGAAGAAGGAAACGGAAGACAAGAUCCAAACGCUGGUCACCGACCACAAAGCCAAGGCGAAGGACGUAAAGGCGCAGCACGCCAAGGAAUGGUCGGAGCUGAUCAGCGGCCACGGCGGCGAAGAGCAGGAGAUGAAGGACGCCCACGUCGCGCAGCAGUGCGAGCACCUCAAGAAGCUGCUGAGUAGCGUGCAGGAGCAGCAGACCGGACAGCUCAAACUCAUACACGAGCGGCAGAGCAAAGAGAUGCGAGCUAACCAGGCUAAAAUGUCCAUGGAGAACAGCAAAGCCAUCAGCCAGGACAAAAGCAUUAAAAACAAAGCGGAGAGGGAAAGGCGAGUGCGAGAGUUGAACAGCAGCAACACCAAGAAGUUCAUGGAUGAGAGGAAGAGGUUGGCCAUGAAGCAACAGAAGGAAAUGGAGCAGCUGGAGAAGAAUCAGAGAGAGCAAGUGGAGAAACUGGACAAGUUCAAUGAGCAGCUUUUGGCAUCACACCAUGCAAACAAACAACAAGGCAAAGGACAUGCUGCAGAUGGCCAAGUUGGAGGAGGAGAUGGAGCGCCGACCUGCCACAGUGGUGUGAACGUCUGACCCAACACCCCCCCCCCCCCCCACACACACACACACCGUAGCCCACCUACAAUACCAUUUAGCUUUGAAACUGUGCACAUAAACACUUUGUUUGUACGUGACAUGAUUGGAAUGUAGCACUGUUUGUACAACCACACUUGAUUUCUUACGCAUUUUUUAAAAAUCAUAUUUUGUUGAUGUAGCACGGUCUGACCCAAAAAAAAACUAAACAAACAAAAAUCCACAGUGGUGAUGUUCCACCUAUGUGCCCCCCCCCUCCCCACACAAAUCGAUACUCCAAACAAGAUCAAUUCAAUUGAUUCAGAUUUUCUCAUCAACACUUCCAGACAAUUAAUUAUCAUUAUCACUCCCAAAGACGUAUUUCUCUUUUCAGACGCCACAUUCAAUCCCAGGUCCUUUUUUUUCUCCAAAAUUUAUGGUUUAAAAAAAAGGAUCUGGAAAUGGCUGGUUCUGUCAUGAGCAGUUUUUUUAAUCCAAUUGUGUGGAAGCAUUCGGCAAAAAAUUCCUUUCUAUGAUUUUACUGCCAAAGAAAACCAAUUGUGUUGCCUGAAAUAUUUACAUUUGAAAAUGUUUGAGCGAUUUUCCCCCUCUGCAAAGUUUGUUUUUAACCAGAGAAACGGGCGUUGGGCGUGUGGGCGUGUGGGCGUGUGGGCGUGUUCUUUCUUUUCAGCGUUGACAUUUGAUUAUCAGGCGUUUUGCGUUUGUUCGUUUCGUUCAUUUCUUUUUCCUCAAAAAUAUUGUUCAGUGAAAUGUAUUUAUUGAUAUUUAUUUAUUUGUGUUUUCAUCACAUUCGAUAAUUUGUUAGCUGUAAUUGGAAAACAUAAAAGUAUUAAAACAAUUACAGGAAAAUGUAUUUUUUAAACACUUUUUUUUUUACCUACAUCCGAUCCAAACUAUUUUUACAGAACCAUUUUACCUUUUUUUUUUUUUUAACCUAAUCUACACAUGGCUCAGUGUCCAUUUUUCAAAUUAAACGUUACUACAGAGGACAAAAGUUUAAUGUGAAACGAUUCACAUUAGCCAUAAUGCCAAGCGGAGGCGGUGGGGGGAAAAAACUACAAAAAUGGCCACCUAAAUCCUCAUGACAACAUCGGGACGUCGUCACAUGUGGUGAAUGACGAUCAGUCUUUUUUUUUUCUCUCUCUUUUUGUUUUCCGUCUAAUUGGUAUGAGCAGAGGAAUGACCUCCCCCUAAGGCGAGAAAAAAAAGUGCUUUUAUUCUUUGGCUUUACAAACGUGCCACUCAAUGUCUGCUAGGAUUGUUUUAACUUAUUUGAGCAAGUCUCAAUGCCAAAUUCAAGAGUUAUUUAUACAGAGAUACAUAUAUAUAUAUAUAUAAAUAAAUGAACAUAUUAAAAAAAAUGAUGUUUAGUUGAAUUUGUCUGUUAGGGGCUUUUUUUUUAUACUGUACCUCUCCAACCAACCCUAAUGUGUGUAUGUGUUCUUUCUUGUCUCAUUUAUUUUAUUUUAUUUUAUUUUUUGUAUUUCUAGUGUACUGUUAAACUUUAAGCGAAGAUGACUUGGUUGUUACCUGACUCCUUUAAUACUGUUUUAUAGUAUGUGUACCAAUAAAUGGCAGUGGAAGAGGGGGCCUGAAAGCA